GUCACAAAUACAUACUUGAUAUAUUGAACUGUUAAAAAAAUUUUCUAUAUUUAUUUCAUUAUAUUUUAGAUAGAAUAAAAGAAAGCAAAUAUCUCUUUGUUGAAAUUUUAAAGAAACAGAAGUUUGAAUUUAAAUAUUAAAUGAAGGACAAUCACCUCAUACUGAUUAUUCAAACUUUCUUAAUAGCUGUAAUAAUCAUUGUAUUACUAGUCAUCCUUUAUAAAAUUUAUCUUGAUAAUCUAGUUACAAAAGAUGAUAAUAAAGUCUUAGUUGAACUCCUAAAUCCUAAAAUUUCAGAUGAAGAUUAUAAAAUAGUUCAAGAUUUCGAAACAGACAAAGCGGAGUAUCUUAAUAAAGCAACAUUAGACUUUACGGAUCCUGAUAAAUUUGUAUCAUUGUGUGAUUUUGCAGUCCGCAUCCUUUUAAUUUAUAAUAAGAAUCGUGAAUCAAAAGUUUACAUACAGCUCGUUGAUGAUAUAAUUACAAAAUUAAAUACACAGAUUUUAAGCACAAAAAACUACAUUGUCCUUAAAAGUGGUCACGAAAAAGUUAAUUUCAAAACAUUAGUUCAUCUAAUGAGAUUACUCAACACAUUUGAAUAUGUUGCUAAUAAUGAAUACGAAGCUUCUAAAAAAAUUUGCCAAGACAAAAUAAUUGAGAUACUUCCAGAAACUAAUAAAGUGAAAUUGGACGAGUUCGAACGCAUUUAUCCUGAUCAAAAUGCAAUUUAUACAAUUAUACCGAGAUUGUUGACUUAUCGUUUGAUGUCUGAUAAAAAAGAAUACCAUAAAGAUAUAGAUAGAAUGAAGGUACUCGACUCGCUAAAAAAACAACUUAAUGCUAAUGCAUCACCCGAGAAGCGGAAAGACAUCUAUUUAUACGAUUAUCACUAUAGUCUCUAUAAAUCUUUCAGUAAUGAAAACAAAUAUCUAUAUAUUUAAGUUCCAACAGUCACAAAGGCAUUACACUAUUUUAAAAAACGGGUAUAACAAUUAAAAAUUUGUAAAACGAUUAAGAUUACCUAAUAUUGAACAAUUUUUACAUUAGAAAAAAUUUUUUUUU